GAAAUUAACGGAUCAUUAGUGGUGCUACCUGCCGCUAACCGUAUAAUAACAGUGUGCUGAACCGACGGAGGCGCUCGCACCUCUUAACACUAUCGUUCCUCUAGCUAUGGGUACAGAACUAUCGCUGUGGCUCAAGUUCCUCAAUCAAACGUCCAUAAUCGUGUGCACCUUGACCACUGCAGCCAUUCUCCAUACCCGCUCGGCAGGUGUCGUAUAUUUCGUGACCGGCGCAGUCUUAUGUUCAGCGCUUGCCAAGUCCAUAAAGAAGGCAAUACGACAGGAACGCCCAUUGAAGGAUUCCGGACGCAAAGUUACCUAUGGGAUGCCUAGCUCACAUGCAUCCGCCUGCACCUUCUUCGCCGCAUAUAUUACGAUGGCUUGCCUCCAGCUACCCGUUCACCCUACCUUUCCCAGUUCCAUUAUGUUCGUUCCAGUGGUCAUCUUACCAUGGACAUUCAUGAUAGUCCUCUCACGGGUUCAGUUGGGCCAUCAUACAUGGCCGCAGGUGGCGGCAGGAACAGCCCUCGGAGUCUGCUGUGCUAGCUUCUGGUUCAAACUAUGGGUGGAUGAUGCGGCUGGCGUCAAGACAGCUGCUUGGGAGGUCGAAGCGAUGGUGAGGUUAUGGGUUGGACAAUGAUCUCAGGAGCACGUAUAUAUCCAUUCCCUGCACUUGGAGAUGAUUCAUUUUGGCAUGGCUGUGGUGGAUCAGGCAAGUUUUUUAGAUGUACAGUGAUUCUCUUCACAAUCGUUGUUCCAUCGUUCUUGUCAUCAGACAAAGAUUUACAAUGAAUGCAAGUCAGCAUUUAGGGGAUAUCUGUGUCUCCUGUAACAGUUUCCGGAAUGCUACCUGUUGAAGUCCUAAAUAUGAAUCACGCUCUGGAUGCAUCAUAUACCUGCAAGCGGAAUAUUGCUAUGUAGUGCCAUAGGUGGGAAUAAAUUAGACUGCCUGCUGUCUUCAAUCGAGCAUAGUCGUCGAU